UUCAGUUGGUACGAAAACGAGCAGGUCAUCCAAGUAGCAUAACAAGCUUGCUGAAGUUAAGAUCACCAAAUAUACUCAACAUAAUUUUUUGUUUUAUUUUUUUUGGACAAAAACAAAACACUCAAUACAAGUGAUGUCACUUCAAUGAAAUGUUCUUUUAACUGUGACAAAAUCACUUCAGUGCAAUCUCAAACAAAAAAAGAAAACCUUGCGAUGGCAUUCAGCAACCGCUGGUGAUCAAGCUGGUGUUGAUCCACGAUGGAUCCGGGUCACGGCACCAAUGUAACCGGCCUGGCCUCAGUACCGUUUACCUGCAUUGUGUCUAACGUGUGAAGCAGACGACUGGAGACUCGGGCUUUGGCACAGGACAUUUAUUGCUGCUGCAAUCUGUUCAGUGUUUUAGAGAAGAUAGAACCACAGCGUUUGUCAUAUGCCCUCAACACACGCCCCUCUCAGCCAGAUCCAACAUCGUCUCAGAAAUAAUUUCAUUUCUCAAUAAAAUAAAAUCCCAACAUAUGAAACAAUAAAUGCAAAAAUACAACAUAAGAAUAUAAAAAUACUUUUGUAAUAUUUAGCCUAUACAAAACUGCUCUCAGAUGUCUCACAGCAUUACAAAAUACGCAUUUUAAAUCAUAAUAAGUCCUGUGCAAAUAACAUGCCUGUUCAGUGUUUUAGAGAAGAGGAAACCACAGCGUUGGUCAUAUGCCCUCAACACACACCUUAUAACAUAAAAGAAAAAAAGAUAUAUACUUAUACGGGCGCACAUUCAACACUUCGCACACAUUGUGGCACACAGGUUUUGGUGUCCCCGGCUGCGGUACGCCUAUGUCCCGGCUGCGGUAAACCUAAGUCCAAGGGAGGCACAUUACAUUUUAUAAUCGAUUACAUUUCAGUGGCCUAUCCUUUGUGGCGUUGCAAAAUUAAGGAAGGAACACAAUCGUGAUUUAAGUUCUCUACUUAAGAAUUGUGACUUUACUUAUUAACUCCACCUAGUUGAUCAGAGGGCCUCAUUGAAAUCCCUGUAGGAUAUUCUCUUGUCUGUUCUUAAGCUCUUGAAAAACUGGACUGUAAAGGGUUCCUGAGUCAACGGAAAAAGAAAUGGAGAUGCAACAUACAACUUUGUCUGAGUCAGAUACCCUGUGUGUUAGGUUGUGUGUGUUUCUGGAACACACAGUUCACAGACCACAUCCUCCAUGUCAAGUAUAAAUAGAGAACCCUCAGAAGCAUCACAACUUAUCUGACUCUGAGGUACUUAGGUAAAAAUAAAUUAUAUCUGAGAUAAAUUACCAUGAUUCUCUUCACAGCGGCUAUUUUACUUCUAUGUCUGCACUCAGGUGACUGUACAGAGAUCAUUGGUGGAGUGGAUGUGACACCUCACUCCCUCCCCUACAUGGCUCUGCUGGAGGGCAAUGAUGGACAAACACAAAAACGUUGUGGAGGGAUCCUCAUUCAUCAGCAAUGGGUCCUGACUUCUGCUCACUGUCCUCACAUGAAGGUGUUGCUGGGUGUCCACGCCAUUGACAAGGAGGAGAAUGAUACCAGGCAGUUCCGAAAAGUCAAAAGUAAUGUGCCUCAUCCCUGUUAUGACAACAUUUCCACUGUUAAUGACAUCAUGCUGCUGAAGCUCGAUAAGAAAAUAAAAAUUAGUAAGGCAGUGAAUGUCCUGCCUUUACCCGACUCAGUGGACGACGUCCCAGCAGGAACCGUCUGUUCAGUGUCAGGAUGGGGCUCCAUCAAGAACAACGCCAAAGCCAUGUCCAACGUCCUAAAAUCAGCCAAUGUCACAGUGAUCGACAGAUGGAAGUGUAACUCUCCAGAGUACUACAACAUGGACCCCAUCAUCACCUAUAAGAUGCUGUGUGCCGGCUCUGUAGGCAAGACCAGGGAAGACUCAUGCCAAGGAGACUCUGGGGGUCCUUUGGUGUGCGGCGGUAAGCUACGAGGAGUCGUGUCUAAUGGUUCAAAAUGUGGCAUCAAGACCAAGCCUGGAGUUUAUACAAUGGUGUCUAAAUACCUUGACUGGAUCAAGAAAACAAUACGGAAAUAACUGCCUGACAGGGAUUCAUUCAUCAAUUCUCUGCAUUUUCUCAGUAAAACAGCUGUAUAUAUUUUUUUCUGGUUCCUUCUGGUUUUCAUCCUGUCCUAAUCUGGGUUUAAUUAGGCCCUGUGUUGAUUAUGUGUUGGAAAAGUAUGUUUCAUCUACUUGUAGCAAAGUGUAAAACUACUGAAAUUGAAAAGCUAUCAGAAAAUGCAAAAUGCCUUGCAAUCUCUUAAACAAAAUAAACUCGCCAACAUUCAGGU